GCGAGGUGGCUGGAUUGAGACAGCUCUGGUGGGGUUUUUUUGUCAUGCACUGAAGGAUUUUUCUUUUCUGGAGAGCCCCCGAAGGAUUUCCUCAUCUCCCUCCCUCCCCUCCUCACCUUACCCCACCUCCCCCCCACCCCCCCUCCCCUCCUAAACAUCAUGGACAGAGGAUGGAAGCUGCCUGGGAUUGUCAGCACUGGGAUUCUCCUGCUGGCUGUCUGUCGGAUCUAUACAAGCGCCUGCCCAGCUCUGUGUAUCUGUGCAGGGACCGCUGUGGACUGUCACGGUCUGGGGCUGAGAUCAGUGCCCAAGAAUAUCCCGAGGAGUACCGAGAGACUGGAACUCAAUGGAAACAAUAUCUCACGGAUCAGUAAGAGUGACUUCGCAGGACUCAGGCACAUUAGGGUCCUACAACUCAUGGAGAAUCACAUCAGCACCAUUGACCGAGGGGCAUUUGAUGACAUGAAGGAGCUGGAGAGAUUGCGGCUGAAUCGGAAUCAGUUACAGAUCCUGCCAGAACUACUCUUUCAGAAGAACCCUACGCUCUACAGACUGGAUCUGAGUGAGAAUUUCAUCCAGGCUAUUCCCAGGAAGGCUUUCCGUGGAGCAACUGACAUCAAGAACCUGCAACUUGAUAAAAACCAAAUUACUUGCAUUGAGGAAGGGGCGUUCCGUGCCCUCAGGAGCCUGGAAGUUCUGACUCUGAAUAACAAUAAUAUCAGCAGUAUCCCUGUCUCCAGCUUUAACCACAUGCCAAAGCUUCGCACCUUUCGCCUGCACUCCAAUCACCUGUACUGUGACUGCCACUUGUCCUGGCUCUCCCAAUGGCUCCGCCAACGCCCACAGAUCGGUCUCUUCACACAAUGCACUGCUCCGCCCGACCUCCGCGGGCUUAAUGUGGCAGAGAUACAGAAGCACGAGUUCUCCUGCGUAGGUCAUUCAGAUAGCUCUCGGACCCAAUCCUGUGGCUUGGCUUCUGGGUCAUGUCCUGCUGUGUGCACCUGUAGCAACAGCAUCGUUGACUGUCGAGGCAAAGGCCUGACUGCCAUUCCUGCCAAUCUCCCCGAGACCAUCACUGAAAUACGUUUGGAACAGAAUGGAAUUAAAUCAGUUCCACCAGGAACAUUUACUCCGUAUAAGAAGCUUCGGCGCAUAGAUCUCAGCAACAACCAGAUUGCUGAGAUUGCACCUGAUGCUUUCCAGGGACUGCGUUCACUUAAUUCUCUGGUCCUGUAUGGAAACAAAAUCAACGAGCUUCCAAAAGGAGUGUUUGAUGGACUCUACGCUCUACAGCUCCUACUCCUGAACGCUAAUAAAAUCAACUGCAUUCGAGCUGAUGCCUUUCAAGAUCUCCAGAACCUCAGCCUCCUCUCUCUAUAUGACAACAAGAUCCAGACACUGGCCAAAGGGACUUUCACCUCACUGCGGGCCAUCCAGACUCUGCACCUAGCCCAAAACCCCUUCAUCUGCGACUGUCACCUCAAGUGGCUCGCUGACUACCUUCGCUCCAAUCCGAUCGAGACCAGCGGGGCUCGCUGUGCUAGUCCGCGGCGAUUGGCAAACAAGAGGAUCGGGCAGAUCAAAAGCAAGAAGUUCCGUUGCUCAGCAAAAGAACAGUAUUUCAUCCCAGGUACUGAAGAUCACCGUUUGGGGAGUGAAUGCAAUGGAGACACAGUCUGCCCACCGCAGUGCCGCUGUGAGUCCAAUGUAGUGGACUGUUCAAACCAGAAACUGACCAAGGUCCCAGAGUUCAUCCCUCAGUCGACCCUGGAACUACGUUUGACUAACAACGAGAUUUCGCAUUUGGAAGCCACUGGUCUGUUCCGGAAGCUUCCACAGUUGAGAAAAAUAAACCUCAGUAAUAACAAGAUUGUGGAAAUUGAGGAUGGAACAUUUGAAGGUGCCUCUUCAGUCAGUGAGUUACAUCUUACAGCCAAUCAGCUUGAUUCUAUAAGAAGCGGGAUGUUUCGGGGGCUUGAUGGAUUACGAACUUUGAUGCUGAGGAACAAUCGCAUCAGCUGUAUCCACAACGACAGCUUCACCGGACUGAGUGCCGUGCGCCUGCUCUCACUCUAUGACAACCAGAUUGCUACAAUCAUACCAGCUGCUUUCGACACCCUGCACUCACUCUCUACUCUCAACCUCCUUGCAAACUCCUUUAACUGUAACUGCCAGCUGGCAUGGCUCGGAGAGUGGCUGAGGAAGAGGAAAAUCGUCAGUGGGAACCCACGAUGCCAGAAGCCUGACUUCCUGAGAGAGAUCCCCCUGCAAGACGUGGCCCAUCAGGACUUCCGUUGCGAAGAAGGUUUUGAAGAGAGUAGCUGCGCCCCUCGUCCUCAGUGCCCUGCAGAGUGCACCUGCCUGGAGACCGUUGUCCGCUGCAGCAACAAGCUCCUGAAAUCUCUGCCGAAAGGCAUCCCAAAGAAUGUGACUGAACUGUACCUGGAUGGUAACCAGUUCAGUUCAGUUCCCACUGUACUCUACACUUUCAAACAUCUACAGCUGGUGGACAUGAGCAACAACAGGAUCAGUUCAUUAACCAACACGUCUUUCAUCAACAUGAGUCAGCUGACUACCCUGAUUCUCAGUUACAAUUCCUUACGAUGUAUCCCUGCCUCAGCGUUCCAGGGUCUUCGCUCUCUCCGGCUCCUGUCACUACAUGGGAAUAACAUCUCUACACUUCCUAAGGGAAUCUUUGCUGAUGUGGCCUCUUUAUCACAUCUUGCCAUUGGAGCUAACCCCCUCUACUGUGAUUGCAAUCUUCUCUGGCUUUCAGACUGGGUCAAAACUGGGUAUAAAGAGCCUGGCAUUGCCCGCUGUGCUGGACCAGGAGACAUGGAGGGCAAGCUCCUCUUAACCACUCCAGCCAAAAGAUUCCAGUGUCACGGUCCACCUGAACUCAGCAUCUUGGCAAAGUGUAACCCCUGCGUAUCGAAUCCGUGUGAGAACCAAGGAACCUGCCAAGACAAUCACUCGGAUUAUUACAAAUGCAGCUGCCCAUAUGGCUAUAAGGGCAGGCACUGUGAGACUCCGAUCAGUGCCUGUAUCAGUCAUCCUUGUGAGAAUGGAGGGACAUGCCAUUUGAAGGAGGGAGACGCUCAGUCAUUCUGGUGCACCUGCCCAGAUGGUUUCCAGGGGAACACCUGUGCUACCAAUAUUGAUGACUGUGAAGAAAAUGCUUGUAGAAAUGGUGCUACCUGUUUGGAUGGAAUCAGUAACUACACCUGCCUGUGUCCCCCACAUCACACAGGUGAUCUGUGUGAGGAGGUGGUUGACCAUUGCUCACCUGAGUUAAACCCGUGCCAGCAAGACUCCAAAUGUGCCGUUACUGCCGAGGGCCUCCAAUGUGAAUGUAAUUCUGGGUCUGUCGGAGAUAACUGCAGCGUUGCCGUUGACAACUGCCAGGAUCAUAAGUGUCAGGGAAACAGUGUUUGCAUGGAUGGAAUCAAUGGUUAUACGUGUCUGUGCUCAGAAGGUUACAAUGGCCGUUUCUGUGAGCUCACCUCCCAGGCUUCCUCAGACUCCGUCCAGUGUCAGCUGCAGGAUUGUCUCAAUGGUGGACAGUGUGUGAACAUUGGUCCCCACACCCUGUGCCAGUGCCUCCCUGGCUUCGGAGGGUCACUCUGCGACAAGCUGGUCAGCGUCAACUUUGUGGAUCGGGACUCCUACCUCCAGUUCACUGAGCUCAAGAACUGGCCCCGUGCAAACAUCUCACUGCAGGUUUCCACCGCAGAAGAUAACGGGAUCCUCCUCUACAACGGAGACAAUGACCACAUCGCAGUUGAACUUUACCAGGGUCACGUGCGGGUCAGCUAUGACCCUGGCAGCUACCCGAGCUCUGCCAUCUACAGCCUGGAGACAAUCAACGAUGGACAUUUCCAUACCGUUGAGAUUGUGACCUUGGACCAGAUGGUAAACCUCUCCAUCGAUGGUGGAACCCCCAAGAGCAUGGAGAGCUCUGUCAAACAGUCAACACUCAACCGUGAGACACCACUCUACAUAGGAGGGAUGCCCAUCGAUGUGAAUUCUGCGGCAUUCCGGCUCUGGCAGAUCCAGAAUGGCUCCAGCUUCCACGGGUGCAUUCAGAACCUCUACAUCAACAACGAGCUCCAGGAUUUCACCAAGACCCAGAUGAAGGCUGGUGUGGUGCCAGGCUGUGAGCCCUGCAGGAAGAUCGUCUGCCUCCAUGGUAUCUGCCAGCCCCGGGCAGACUCAGACCCUGUCUGCCACUGUGAGCCGGGCUGGCUGGGACCGCGCUGUGACCAGCCACUUGGGGAUCCAUGCCUGGGACACAAGUGCGUGCACGGACGCUGUGUAGCACUGGACCGGGUGACUUACCGUUGUGAGUGCGAUAAGGGACACAAUGGAGCACUCUGCAACCAGCAUCAGGAGCUGUUUAACCCCUGCAAGAGGUUGCAAUGUGAGCACGGUCAGUGUCAGAUCUCUGAGCUGGGAGAAGCCAAGUGUGAGUGUGACGAUGGUUACACUGGAGACCUCUGCAACCAAGAAGCGGAGUGUCGAGGGGUGCCCGUGCGCGAUUAUUACCAGCUCCAGAGGGGUUACACUAUCUGCCAGAGCAUUCGGCGUGUCUCCUGGGUGGCAUGCCAGGGAUCGUGCCAGGGUCAGGGUUGCUGCAUCGAGCUGAGGGUGAAGAGACGGAAAUAUACCUUCGAGUGCAGCGAUGGCUCGUCCUUCGCCGAGGAAGUGGAGAAAAGCACCAAGUGUGGCUGUAGCCGGUGCCUGUAGCUUCCACCAAGCCCCUGCCCAACAGAGUAUAUUAUAUACAAUUAAAUAAAAGCACACCCCGUCAACAACAUUGCAAAUCAGCAAGAUCGACGCAGGACGGUGACUUCUUUUGUACAAUUGAACUCGUUUGAAACAGCCACAGAAAUAUCAAGGAAGAGCAUCACCUGAUCCGGACCUGAGAUAGAGACGUACAUUCAGAAGAGCAGAAACUGCUGAGUUACUUUGACAGAGCUGGAACAUCAUGGGUCUGGGCCUGGGGCUACAGGUAGCUGCACCAAACCAAGGCGAAGUCUUGGGAGAGGAGCAAACACAAUCCAGGAUGCUAACACUGUCUGUCGCUUGUCUAUCUUAACAUUCUUGUCUGAUGUUAAGGGGGAGGGGAGGGGGAGGGUUUGGUGGGAGGGAAGGGCUGGGACGGGACAGGUUGUGGGGUUAAAAAUCACACCAGCUAAAGCAAACCAAGUAAGCUGUAUCACUUGUGCAUGUCAUAGGGGAAUGAAAGCCGUCUUUAUGUUCGAAAAUCCUUCAGUAAUUCACCCCUCAGCCCAUUUCUCGUUUUAUUAGGAGACAACAUAGUGGGAGAUUUAGUCUUUAUCUAACUCCGUUUGUACCUGUCCUGGAGCGUUUGUUGGGGACAGUGUAGAGUGAGCUUUACUCUGUAUCUGACGUUGUGCUGUAUCUGUCCUGGGAGUGUUUGUUGAAAAAAACAUGGAGGGAACUUUACUCUAUAUCUCAUCCUGUGCUGUACUUGUCCUGGAAGUGUAUGAUGGGGACAGCACCGAGAGAGAUUUACUUGCAGGUUAAAAAAAGGUGUACAGAGCUGUACUUUGUGAGUAACUCCAUGCUAUACCUGUUCUUGGACUGUUUGAUGGGGCAGUGCAGAGGGAACUGUACUCUGUAUCUAAACCCAUGUUGCACCUGCCCUCUGAGUGUUUAAAAGGGACAGUGUCAAGAGAUCUUUACUUUCAGGUUAAAAAGAGUAUACGAGCUAUAUGUUGUAUCUAAUUCCAUGCCAGGCCUGUCCUUGGACUGUUUGAUGGGGACAAUGUAGAUGAUGCUUUGCUCUGUAUCUAACUCUCUGCUGAAUCUCAUAUUGGAUAGUUGAGUAUUUUUUUUCCUCUAUAACACUAAAUAACCAUCAUCCCAAGAGCCAAAAAUUCUUUCAAAUUAAAAGUCACACAGAAGGGAAGUUGAAUGACAAUUCCAACCUAUUUCACACUGUCCAUGAGCCCAUCGGGAUUUGAUCUCAAACUGCCACCUAACCCCCCCGCCCCCCAUCACAAGUCAUGGUCACACGUCUUGCUGUAGCAUUUAUCUGACCCUCGAUUUUAGUACAACACACACGGUGUGCAGUGUCGGCAGCAUGUAGGCAACGUGGGGCACGCUUGCCUCUCAAAGAUAGCAACAUAAGCAGAGCCCUUGUUGGUUUGAAUUUUAUUCUGUCACACAAAUGCCAUUCCUGAACGAAAGGCUUUACGAGUUUUUCUUCCAACAGUAAGAUGCUUGGCUCCCUGAUUUUGUUGUAUGGUUAUAAUAUAAAAUAAAGUAUUAUUUAAAAAGACAGCAGUCAGAGCUCAUACUUAAAACUGCUCAGUAAGAACAUAAAAAAGGUAAAAACCGAAGGAACUGCAGAUGCUGUAAAUCAGGAAUAAAAACUAAGUUGCUAGAAAAGCUCAGCAGGUCUGGCCGCAUCUGUGAAGGUAAAUAACACAGCUAAUGUUUUGGGUCUGAGGAAGGGUCACCGGACCCGAAACGUUAACUAAGGACAUAAAGGUUUUGUGAGGACUGAGAAGGCUUGCUUACGAACAAGAUUGAUUCAGCCUGGCUAUGAUGGGCAUUGCAGUGAAGGCACCACAAAAGGCCACCGACCCUGUAUUUCAGUUUUUGUUCCCAGCGACUUGCAUUUUGCUUAAACAAAUAUGUUUCGCACCUCUCGCAGGCAGCAGUGUACUGUAGGGAAGGAAACACCAGUAGCACCCUGAGAAGUCAGAAUUGUCAAACCUUCAGGACUGUCCCCAGGUCGCCAGGAAAGAAAGAUUAAUUCCUAGGACACGUGCAGUGACCAAAGCCAAAAGACAAAUUGUGGGGGCAAUGGAGACUGUGCCUGAAAUAACCUGCCUUGAAUGAUGUUUUAUUAUGAGUCAUCAAACUGUUGCUGCGCAGAACUCU